AUGUCGAGCAGGAGGAGGCAAAGAAGGAGGCGAUGGCAGGAGCAGGGGAGGCUCUCCGCAGCUUCAUGGAGGAGUUUGGGGAUCAUGGAGGACUCUAUUAUCUUGUCACCGCGGCUGAAGGAGAUCAGUACUCCUGACCGCCCAGCUGCCCUCCGCUUCCUAGGGGAGAAGUAUAACAACCUCAUGGAGAGAUACAAGAAGCAGGUUGUCAAGUGCUCUGAGGAGUGUGAGCCCAGAUAUAAUGGUCUGAAGAAGAAGUACACAGACGAAUGCAGACCUCUGAGCUCCGAUGAGGUCACCCGUGGGUGUUCAUCUGUGGUUGAGAUUGACCCAGCACAGGAGACCGAGCUGCAGUUUGUCCCUAAUGAAAAAGAAAGGAAGCCCUUUAAGUUCGACCAUGUUUUUGGCCCAGAGGAUGACCAAGAGGCCGUGUUUUCAGAAACAGUGCCCGUUGUUAGAUCAGUGAUGGAUGGUUUCAACGUAUGCAUCUUUGCAUAUGGGCAAACAGGGACCGGGAAAACUUUCACAAUGGAAGGGAUUCCAGAAAAUAGGGGUGUAAAUUAUAGGGCUUUGGAAGAACUGUUCAGAAUGUCAGAAAAAAGAAGUGCAUCUGUUACAUACACAUUUUCUGUAAGCAUCUUGGAAGUUUACAACGAAAAGAUCAGAGAUCUUCUUGAUGAGAGCAAUGAUCAAUCAAAAAGGUUGGAUAUUAAGCAAGAUGCUGAUGGAACACAAGAAGUUCAUGGUUUAGUUGAGGCUCCAGUUUAUAAUAUAGAUGGUGUUUGGGAGAAACUGAAGUUUGGUGCUCAAAAUAGAUCUGUUGGCUCAACCAAUGCUAAUGAACUCAGCAGCCGCUCUCACAGUUUGGUUAGGGUCACUGUUAGGAGCGAGAAUUUGGUGACAUGUCAGAGGAGCAGAAGCCACAUGUGGCUGGUUGAUCUUGCUGGAAGUGAGAGAAUAGCUAAAACUGGGGUAGAAGGAGAUAGGCUGAAAGAAUCACAGUUCAUCAACAAAUCACUAUCUGCCUUGGGUGAUGUUAUAUCUGCUCUUGCCUCAAAAAAUUCCCAUAUUCCAUACAGCGGAGAUUGCAAGACGCUAAUGUUCGUGCAGAUAAGUCCAAGCUCUAUGGAUUCAGGAGAAACUCUCAGUUCACUCAAUUUUGCGAGUAGAGUCCGGUCAGUAGAACACGGCCCUGCUCGUAAGCAAGUUGAUCCAGCGGAAACUUUGAAGUUCAAGCAGAUGACUGAAAAACUUCGGCAUGAGGAAAAGGAAAAUGCACAGCUGAAUCAACGCUUGCAGCUGAUGCAGCUCAAGCAUGCUUCUCGUGAGAAUGUCUUCAGGACACUAAAUGAAAAGGUGAAGGAUGCUGAACAAGCAUGCAGAAAUUAUCAGCAACGGAUCCUCGAGGCCGCCACUUGUUCCACUGAGACAGAGACAAUCUCAGGAAGGAAUAACAGCUACGUACCACCUUCAGGCCCUUCUAGAUGGAGGCUCAAAGCCCCCACAAUUAACAACAAAGAGAACAUUCCUGUCGCGAUGAAUAAACCAAAUCCUGUGGAUGAUCCUAAUAAGGCUCUUGGCAGAGCGAGGCGCGUUGCACUUACCCCGGUGAUGCGACAUGUCCCCAUCCAGCCCAAGAGGCGAUCUUCGAUGGCAAUACUACCUUCUGUGAGGGAGCAUUUUUGUGUGCUAAACGAGAAGAGAGGAGGCUCUCAACUGCCAAGAGGAUCAGUUGCAACAUUUGGUGUGAAUUUGGUUCCAGCAACACCCCUAGCAGGACAUGGUGGACCUGUUUAUGCUACCCCAGAUGGAGCAAAGUACAGGAAAUUUGAUUUGGGAAGCAGCAGCAAGUUCACAAGCCCUCCUCCAAAUGUGGGCAUGUGGAACAAGGUCACACCGCAGCAGAAGCUGGGAAUGGCACCGGCAGGAGGUCCUGCAAACGCAGCGAAGCUGUGCUUCAGCAUCCAGAAAAGAGUUACGCCUCCACGUGUUCGGCCAACUUCUGGUUUGGGCAUCUUCGACCCAGCUCUGCGUGAGAAUAUGGCUGUGGGGAUAGCCGGCAAAGCGCGGCGGGUGCUCAACGCCAAGAGAAGACAAUCUGUCAUCUAA